AUGGCGAGGGUUGCGGUGGCGUUGUGCGCACUGCUGGCGACGGCGUCGGCCCAGUGCACGGUCGAGAAGGCGCAGCCGUACUUCUCGAGGUCCGUGUACGAAUUCUCUGUCGACCUGCUCACCAGGCUCGCCCUGGACACGGACUACCACUUCGUCGCGUCGCCCCUCUCGCCGUGGACUUUGCUGGCGCACACUUCGCUCGGCGCCGCCGACGCCACCCUGCACGAGCUGAACAGCGUGCUGAGGCUGCUCCCGCACAAAUGCUACAGCAUGAGGUUCUUCGAGAUAGUCAGGGGUAUCUAUGCGCCGGCCGGUCAGACCACGUUGGAGGGCGCGUCGACCAUCGUCGUCGACGAGAGGUACCCGUUGAACGAGUCGUUUGAGCGGCAGGUCAAAAACGCCGGCAUCACGGACGUCAAACGCCUGCCCAUGGACAACUACGAGUAUGUGGCGGCCACCGUGAACAACUACGUCAGGACCGCCACCAACGGCGCUAUAGACGACGUGGUGCAAGCGAGCGACCUCGAGAACGCGGUCAUGACAAUCGUGGACGUGCUACGCUUCAAAGGCAACUGGCAGAUACCCUUCCCCGUCGAGGAGACAGAGGAGAGCUCGUUCUAUGACGAGAUGAACAACAAAAUAGGUUCCGUCAACCUCAUGUUCAUCACCAGCCAGUUCAACUUCAAAUCUAUGGACCUGAUAAACUCGACCAUACUCGAGAUACCGUACAGCGACCAGAGAUUCUCCAUGCUGCUGUUCUUGCCCUACGAGGGUAUGAAGCUGAGCAACGUCAUAUAUUCCCUAAAGGAGAUCAGCCUCAAGUCGAUAUUCGCCUUAUUCAAGGAAGGGGAACCCCAGGAAAUAUCAUUGCAGCUGCCUAGGUUCAAAAUUACGUCCGACCUCAGCAACUUGAAAGAGCUCCUAGUCGACAUGGGACUCAAGUCAGUAUUCGAAAGUCGGGCCCAGUUCCCGGGUAUAUCCGACAACGAGUUGUACAUUUCUAAUAUCAUGCAAAAGGCCGACAUAGAGGUAACGGAGGAGGGAACAACGGCGAGUGGGGCCACAACCGCCGAGUUCACAUUCAAAAGCUUGCCGUACACGGUCGCGGCGAAUAAGCCGUUCUUCUUCAUGAUUGUGGACAAAAACACCGUAACUCCAGUCUUCGCUGGGGCUUAUUCCAAACCGAAUUUGUUC